AUGAUGAUGAGAGACAAAGUGGUGAAACUUCGAGCGGAGAAGGUUUCCCAAUGCUUAACAUGCCUUCUUUGUCAAAAGCUUCUUGAUGACGCCACUACUAUAACUGAAUGCCUCCAUGCCUUUUGCCGGAAGUGCAUAGUUAACAAGAUAAGAGUGGAAGGGUACAAUACCUGUCCAGUGUGCAAAAUCGAAUUGGGUGCUGCACCACUUGAAAAACUGAGGGCAGAUCACAGUUUGAAAGAACUAAGAGACAAACUCUUCCCUUCCAAAACCAAAAAGGGGAACAACAAGGAGGCACAUGAUGAUAGUCAUACUAUGUACUCAUCAGUUCCGGUGACAGCUAAAGAGAAGGGGAAAUCUCUUUCAUCGUUGGCGGAUGCUGCGUGUAGAGUAUCAGCUGUCCAGCCUCCCAUUACUGGAUUGAGAAGGAACCCUCCUAGAAACAGUUUCAUCGUGAGAGAAUCAGCCAUUCCUGUUAGAGAAGAAUAUUUCAAAGCUAAAAUUCCAGUCAAUAGAAAGAAGGGAGAGGGGAAGCACGCUACUGGGUCAUCUAAGCAACGAGUUCAGAGUAAGAGUGUAGAGAACAAUGCCAAGAUAUUGAGAGAGAAGGCUGCUGCAAGCAAAACAAAGACUAAUCAGGCCAAUACACAAGAAGCAACUGCUACUAAUAUGCCUGUUUUAACUGAUCCUAUAACCAAAGUUUAUAAGAUACAAGGAAAGAGAUCUAGAGCCAGAGCUCAUGUAAAAGGUUCAGCUGCAACACUGUCUGAUUCAGACAAAAGUAGAAGGACAGAAGAAAUAGUUCAACAAAUAAGUAGCACAACUGUCGCCGAGGGACAACAUAGUGUUCCAGUAGAAAGUAAGGGUAGCGAACCUGCCACCAAGGGACAACAUAGUGUUGCUGUAGAAAGUAAGGGUAGCGAACCUGCAGCAGCUAGAUGCUUUAGUCCAAUUUGGUUCUCCUUAAUUGCUUCCCAUGACCAGAAAGGAUAUCCACCCUUGCCUCAGCUAUCGUCACGCUAUUUGAGGCUAAAAGAUGAUACUGUAACUGUCUCUUUGGUCAAAAAGUACAUAGUGAAGAAACUGAAUCUUGCUAGCGAGUCAGAGGUAGAGAUUUUACUGAAAGGUGAACCGCUGAGUUCGACAAUACAACUGCGCUGCUUGAUGGAAAUUUGGAGCCAAGCAAUGUCAUCGGAAAUUAUAGAGACAUCGCUGGGCAGCUCAGGCGAAGAUGUGGUGAUGGAUCUAACCUAUGGUCGAAAAGCUCAGUCUUGA